UCUACAUCCGGUGCGCGGCCAUUGUCGCCUUUAUCAACGUGAGGAGCUCGUUUAAUAACGCGCCGAAAGCCUUACAUUUUUUUCCCCAGUUUCUUAACGUUUACAGAAGAACAUCCGGAGCGUAUUAUUUCCUAAAUCAUGGCGUACAGGGGACAAGGGCAGAAAGUCCAGAAGGUUAUGGUGCAACCAAUUAACCUUAUUUUCAGGUACCUACAGAAUCGAUCCCGUAUCCAGGUUUGGCUUUAUGAGCAGAUCAACAUGCGGAUAGAAGGGUGCAUUAUUGGCUUUGACGAGUACAUGAACUUGGUUUUGGAUGACGCUGAGGAAGUGCACAUGAAGACCAAGAACAGGAAGCCUUUAGGGAGGAUCAUGCUAAAAGGAGACAACAUCACGCUUCUACAGAGCGUCUCGAAUUAACCUCAUCUGAUGGAUUUCCUGUAUCGUGAUGGAGUACUGUUGGAUAGCAUUUAUUUCUGUAUUUUUGGUUUCGUUUGUUGGCUUUUUUUUUCUAAACAGUGAAUGAUGCAUCUUGUUUUUUCUAGUAAAACAUUAAAGUGUUUUGUUUGCUUA